AUCAAACUGUAAUUCUUCUCCUUACAUUUCUCAUUUCUCUAAGAAAACUUCAGAAGAAGCUAAAGAAAUCCAAGAAAAAUGGCCAUUGGGAUGAAGCUCCCCAUGGCCGUUACCUUGCAGAAGCCAAUGGCUAUGGCUAUGGCGGCUCCAUCUUCCUCAUCUUCUCUCCAUAGAGCCAUCAAUUUCAGGACUGUUUCCUGCUCAAACGCUACAAGCAAAGCUAAAAUUCCUAUGCCUCCAAUUAACCCGAAGGAUCCAUUUCUUUCGAAGCUCGCUUCAGUAGCUUCAACCUCACCUGAAACGUUGCUUAACCGCCCUGAAAAUUCCGAUUCUCCUCCUUAUUUGGAUAUUUUUGAUGCUCCUCGGCUUAUGGCUGCACCUGCCCAAGUCGAAAGAUCAGUUUCCUAUAAUGAACAUAGACCGAGGAGGCCGCCGCCAGACUUGCCGUCUUUGUUACUUCAUGGAAGAAUUGUUUACAUCGGAAUGCCUUUGGUUCCAGCUGUUACGGAGCUAAUUGUUGCUGAACUGAUGUACUUGCAAUGGAUGGAUCCAAAAGAACCAAUAUAUAUUUACAUAAACUCCACAGGGACAACUCGUGAUGAUGGUGAAACGAUAGGGAUGGAGACGGAGGGUUUUGCUAUCUACGAUGCUAUGAUGCAGUUAAAAAAUGAGAUACACACAGUAGCUGUUGGAGCUGCCAUAGGUCAAGCUUGUCUAUUACUUGCUGCAGGAAGUGAAGGCAGACGUUAUAUGAUGCCACAUGCCAAAGCGAUGAUACAGCAGCCCCGUGUCCCUUCGUCUGGUUUGAUGCCUGCUAGUGACGUUUUAAUUCGUGCAAAAGAGGUGAUAACAAACAGGGACACACUAGUGAAACUCCUAGCAAAGCACACUGGAAAUUCAGUCGAGACAGUAUCAAAUGUGAUGAAAAGACCGUUCUACAUGGAUGCGACAUUGGCCAAAGAAUUUGGAGUUGUUGACAAGAUUCUUUGGCGCGGUCAGGAGAAGAUUAUGUCUGCUGUGGUUGCCCCGGAGGAUUGGGACAAAGGAGCUGGCAUCAAAGUUGUUGAUGAAUCCUAAAUCUCCUCUCCAUUCAUAGCAAUUAACAGUGUCCCAACUCGUCUCAUGCAUUGUUGGAUCCACGUAAAUCUCACCAACAUGGUUUCGUGCUUAUAAAUGGAAUGGGUGUUCGAAAAAACAAUAUUGAAUUCUCUCUCUUUUUGUGUGGCUUUGAAAUAUGUUUGUAGUUGGCGGCAGAGGAAGGGAAUGCUUUGAAUUUACUUCAAUAUUCCCACGUUGGAUUACACAGAGUCAACAUCAUCAAGGGAACCAUUAUUAUUCUGCUCCAAAAUUAAUCCCACCCUCAUACCUUACCCAUCAAACAUACUUUUGGGGUUUGUGUAACAUCUACAAACUUUCUUUCCUUCAUAUCCUUUGUUAAAUGAAAAAAAAUAUAUCUUAGAUUAGAACACAAAUAAAUGCUCACUUCUUCUUUUA